AUGAAGAUCGCAAACAAUAUUACUGAAUUGAUUGGCAAUACUCCAUUGUUGUAUUUGAACAAGUUGGCCAAGGAGAAUGGCGCUGUAGCAAAGAUUGCCUUGAAAUUGGAAUCCAUGGAACCUAUGGCUUCCGUCAAGGAUCGAAUUGCCUUGUCCAUGAUUGAAACUGCUGAAAAGGAAGGAAAAGAUCGAGCCAGGAAAAACUCCUCCAAGGGUUAUGAGUGUAUCAUUGUCAUGCCUGACUCGAUGAGUAUUGAACGUCGUGUGGUAUUGAGAGCUCUUGGUGCAAAAGUAGUUUUAACUCCAGCCGCAAAAGGAAUGAAAGGAGCUGUGGCUGUUGCUGAAAAGCUUUUGAGCACAACACCAAAUUCAUUCACAUUGGGUCAAUUCAAUAAUCCUGCAAAUCCUCUCAUUCACUACAAUACGACUGGACCAGAGAUUUGGAAUGGCACGGAUGGAAAGAUUGAUAUUUUCAUUAGUGGCGCUGGUACUGGAGGUACCUUCACUGGAUGCAUGAGAUAUUUCAAUGAACAAACAGAGAAGGCUGGACGUCACAAGGUGCAUGGUAUUGUUCUUGAACCGGAGGAGUCAGCAGUCAUUUCUGGCAAUUCACCAAGCCCACACAAAAUUCAAGGAAUUGGAGCUGGAUUUAUUCCACAAACUCUUGAUACUACUCUAGUUGAUGAAAUCUUUAAGGUCCACUCUGAACAAGCGGUCAAAUUUGCAAAGGAAGCUGCCACCAAGGAAGGUUUGUUUGUUGGUCUCAGUUCUGGUGCUGCCAUUUAUGCUGCUUUGGAAGUUGCCAAGAGACCUGAAAAUGAAGGAAAACUUGUGGUUGCCAUUAUUCCAAGCUUUGGAGAGCGUUAUUUGAGUACUGUCUUAUUUGCAGAUUUAAGAGAAGAAUGUCAAAAUAUGAAAGCUGUAGAUCCAGAACAAUUGUAA